UGACACUAGCAAGGUGCAAGAAAAAGAAAAAAGAUGUGCCUGGUUUGGCACAUGUAUAAAAGCGAUGGAGGCUGUCGGGAGCUGCCUGCCUUUUGCAAAUGGUGGGGAGCCACGGCUGUGCCACGAGCAGGUGCAGAGAUGUAACUGCUGAUGCCCCACCAAGUAUUUGCACUUGAAAAUAAGCUAAGAGCUUCUCUAUAGCAUCAUCAACACACCUUCCUUCCUGAAGUGGGAAAAAAUCACUACUUUUGGUUAAACUCAGCUGACCAAAUCCUGGUUUGCUGUAAUUAACCACACAGACAGGCAGGCUCUGAAGUAAUCAGCCCAGUGCACAUUCUUCUUUUGCAAAAACAUCGUCUGUCUUUCCAUCUGCAGACCUCCGUGGUUUGUGGUUUCUUCACCCCCUUCCCCACUGCGCAGAUGAAGACCAGCUAUGACAGAGGAAAGUCAACCAAAACCCAGACUAUCAAAGCAAAAGAGCUGAUCCCCUCCCAUAGCUCCAGGAACGGGAACCACCGUGAAAAACAAACCACCCAAAGCACAUUGAGAUGGGCCCAUCCCAGGAACCAUGAAGAAAAUAUGAUGACAUCCUGGGCAGAAAACAUCUCUCCUGGCUGGGAGGAAGCUCAGAUGUCAGAUGUCUGUAAUGGCAACUUUCCCCUGGGACAUAUUUCUGAAGAGAUAGGCUGCAAGACCUCAGAGAAACUCCCCCACCAAGUCACCAACGCAAACAGGAGCAAGGAGCAGGUGCUAAAGAAAGUCUCAGCUACGCAAGAAGUAAGAGAGGAGCCCAAGGAUUCUCCCUCCAAGGGGAUUUUUGCAUUUUGGGCAGAAAAAGUUAACAACAGCAGUGAAAAGACCUGUCGAAAGCUACUACAGAAGCCGUCUGUGAUUGUGGGCAGUAGUACUCCAGCCCUCCUUCCCAAGGAAAGGCUUAGGAGCUUGGGAGAGAAGCAAAAUGAAAAGCCCCAGAGAAAGACCAGAAGAGAGCUCUUCUCUGACUCGAAGGUUUUCAGCCAUGUAGAUAACCACGUCCUACAUGUGAGCCAGCAGCUGAAGUCCGGGCACACUGGGUUGUCCAUCCAUUCCAUCACUCCCCUGAUCACUGCUAAAUCUCAAAGCAAACUGGAGACAGUGCGGGCAAUAUGGUUCUGGCUCUGCCACAACAUCGAAUAUGAUGUGGACGGCUUCUUGGGAUUGUCUCAGAAGAUCCAUGUGCCAGAGCAAGUCCUGCAAACGGGAAGAGCUGUGUGUUCUGGUUAUGCCCGUUUAUGCCAGGAAAUGUGCAGGGAGGCAGGUUUGAGCUGUGUGAAGGUCCCAGGGUUUGGCCGGAGCCCCAGCUCCUGUGGAGGCCAGUGGUGCCAGCAGCAGAAGAGCAGCCACAUGUGGAACGCGGUGGAGCUGGAAGGACAGUGGUGCCUCCUGGAUGCUUGCUGGGGUGCAGGGAUCGUGGAUGUAGAGAACAGGGUGUUCAUGCCAAGGUAUGAUGAUUUUUUCUUCCUUACCGACCCUGAGCACUUCAUCGAGACCCACUGGCCAGAGGACCCCCAGUGGCAGCUUCUUCAAUCCCCCAUCUCACGAGAAGACUUUGAGCAGAGGGUUUUUAAAACUUCUGAUUUUUUCAGACUUCAGCUCUCCCUCCUUUCUCCAAACACUUCCCUCCUCAAAACAGCCCAUGGGGAGGUGUCAGUGAUGCUGGGAAGCACCCACCCAACAGAGUUCACCUACCAGCUCUCCAAACUCCAGGGCACCACAAAUGGAGAGGAUGUAGGCACGGUUCAUGGGAUGAUGAUGGUGUCUGAGAACAACAUGACAAUCAAGGUGACUCCUCCAACCCAGGGCUUGUUUGACCUCAUGAUCUUCGCACGCCACGCUGACUCUCAGGACCCUUACAACUGGGUCUGCUCCUAUCAGAUCCAGUGUCUGGAUCCACACAACACAGAGCAACUGCCUGAAAAUCCAUUUCAUUUCUGGGGCCUUCACCAAAAGGUGAGAGAUUUUGGCAUCGAGGAGAGCAGCCACAAAGAGGAACUGCUUGUUGCUCCACAGGGAACUUUACUCUUGACUCUCCAGACAUCCCGACCCUUGCUUGCCAUGUAUGAGUUGGUUAAUAAAGAUUUAGAUGCUGCUCUGAGCAAGAAGUGCCUGGCCGCUCAAGCUGAGGAGGAGAAACUGAGUUGCCACAUGCUCUGUCCUUUCCAGGGUUACUACAGGCUGUCUGUGUUUGUGAAAGAUUUAGGAGGCAACACCUUCAGGAACGCAGCCAAUUUCCUCAUUCGUUGUUUGAAUCCUGUCAACCAGAAUGAACUCUUCCCUUCAGGGCUGAGCAUACACUGCGGGAGUGGGAUCAGCUCCAGAGACCGCGGCCUCUCCAACCCCAGCCACUCUUCCCCCAUCAUCACCACCAAGCUGGGGAAGUGCAACAUCACCUUCCACACACACCCUGAUGUUGAGUUGACUGCCAGCUUGAGUAAGGACAAAGUCAUCAAUGCCAAGUACCCCUUGGAGAGGUACACCCUGGUCACCCACCUGAGGACUAAAGUCAGCGUGUGCGUUGUGCUCCCAGAGUCAGGUGUCUACAAAAUGGGGCUUUUUGGGAGAAGCGAGGACCAUAAAGACUUUGCUCAUAUUUGUGACUAUGUUAUACGUUGCUUCUCGGAUCCCAGCUGGCCUCCCUUCCCCAGGGUGUACAGCCUGUGGAGGAGAGGGUGUGUAUUGCUCGAGCCACGCGCAGGGGUGCUCCAAGACCAGAGUUGGGUCCGGUUCAGGGUCAAGGUGCCCAAAGCCUACCAAAUUGUCAUCCUUGGGGAAGAGAAGACAGUGCUGCAGCAGAGUCCAAACAUGGUCUGGGAAGGGGACGCGUUCACUGGGGCUGUGGGGACGCAGGUCAAACUGGCAGCCAAGUUCAGCCAGCACUGUUCCUCCCUGGAGGUCAUCCUGGCCUUUGAGGUGGGAGAUGGCUCACCUGCCUCCCUGGGUUGGUCGGGAUAAGCCACAGCGAAGGGCUGGAUGUUCUGAGAAGGACUGAAAAAGCCAGGGAAGGAAGCAAAUGCUCUCGAGACUGGAGGAUGUUGAGGAGACACAGACAAAACUCCCAGAACUCUCUGGCACGCCGGGGGGGAGUCUGGGUGUUACCCGCAGAGCUUUUCUUCCCUCAGGAUAUGCAGAUAGUUGCUGGGGCCUCCUAUCCCACUUGGAGAUGUUGCCGCCGUUUAAAUCAGCACCAACAUAUGGAAGGCUCCUAAUAUUUUGCUUCUGUCAGAGGAAACCAUUGUUCAGCUUCUCUACAGGAAGGAUGUCUCACUGCUUAUUACCAGCUUGAAUAAUUGUUUGGAAUGUUAUAUUUGACAUUUAGUCAAGAACUUGGAAACCCACAUAGUUUCUUUCUCUUAAGAGGAUAACAACAACGAUAAUAAAAGAAAAACAACACCAAAAAAACAAAGACAAAAAAAAAAAAGCCCAAACUGCAGCCAACAUCUUCAGCUGGUAGCAAGAUUUUUAAAACAUAAAUAUAAACUAAAGCAAAGACCUCCUGGCAGAGAGACUGUGCUUGGCCAGAGGAAAGGGAAAAGGAAGAAAAGAGAUGCUGUAUUUUAUCAUCUAUGUCUUUAAAAUAUCUUCCAGGUUUUUAUUAUCAAGGAUGACAUGUAGAUAUACACUUAGAAGAGCAUUGAUGGCUUAAAACAAAGAGAGGUAGCAGGAAAGGAAGCAGCUUUGUAACCAAAGUGUCUAAUCCCUGAGCAGAAAGCACAGACAUCUCUGCUCCUAAACUCUGACACAUGCUGCAAAGCACCACAAAAACCUACUUACUGAAAGCAAACUCAAUUUCCAUACUUAGGUGGAAGAACAUGGGCUAGAAGAUACACAGUGAAAGUACUUCUCCAUGCCUGCACUGGACUGAUGCUUGAAAUGAGGAUUCUGGUUAUGAUAAUGAAGAUCCGUGGGUUAUUUUGGGGUGCUGGAAAACGAUCUGCUUUCUUCAGGUUCAGCAACUUAAAUUUGACUUAUAGCAAAAGUUCAAGUAGAUUGGUACCUUUUCCUGGUCUUACAAAUCAGUCAAUGCCGCUAAAGUAUCAGGACCCACAUUUCACACCAAACUUGCUGGAACCACACUAACGUGUUGGAAAUUUCCCCUGAAGACAAAGUGCAAGGAGUACUUUGAAUUAAGGGAAGAACUUGCGAUGGUAGACAUGGCUAAACUCUUGCCCGUGGUGCUAGAGAACAGAAUCACAGAAUCACAGAAUCACAAGGUUGGAAAGGACCCAUUGGAUCAUCGAGUCCAACCAUUCCUAACACUCCCUAAACCAUGUCCCUCAGCACUUCAUCCACCCGUUCCUUAAACACCUCCAGGGAAGGUGACUCGACCCCCUCCCUGGGCAACUGUUCCAGUGCCCAAUAACUCUUACUGUGAAGAAUUUUUUUCUGAUAUCCAACCUGAACCUCCCCUGACGGAGCUUCAGGCCAUUCCCUCUUGUCCUGUCCUCAGUCACUUGGGAGAAGAGCCCAGCUCCCUCCUCUCCACAACCUCCUUUCAGGUAGUUGUAGAGAGUAAUAAGGUCUCUGUUCUGACCUAUGUUCCAGCUUCUCUAC